AUGUGGCCGACAAUACUGUGCAGGUCUCCACUGACAGUGACAUAUUUAAUGGGCGUGCUGAUGUGCCUGUCACUGUUUACCCUCGCUGCCUUUGUGUUCGCAUACAUCGUCUACAAGGAGAUACCGGAGCAACAAAAGGUGAAGGUUGGACAUCAUAAAGGUCUUCUAAAUACUGCCAUCAAGUACCAUGUUUGCAACCACACAUACUGCAAAGCGGCUGCACGACAAUACUCGAGGCAUGUGAAGCUUCCCCUGAAUAUGUGUGAGCAGCUGACACAGUCACUGUGCGAUAGGAACAUUAUUUCCCAAACGAAGAAAAACUCUUCCCUCAGUCCACCCAGCAUGCAAAAGGGACGCCUGUUUCUGGACGAUCUAAACAUUGAUGCAAUACUCAAGGAGAAUUACUUUCCCACCGAUCAACUCAGGGAGUUCCUGCACAUGUGCGUCAAAGCCACCAAAAAUAGCGGAAUAAAUGAUUUUGUGGCGAUAAUGCGGAAGUUUGGCUUGGAGCAGUGGCCCACAACACCAAGAAGAACCAACUUGACCAACUUGCUGGCGGCCGUCAGCACAGAGCUUGGUUACCAUCCCCUGGUGACCAUCACCCUUAUCCGAGAAAUGACUCCCUCAAAGCAGAAGCUUCUAAUAUGUAUUGACAAACCCAGGCUGUUCCUGCAGAAGCUCGGUCCCAAGACAGACACAACGGUGGCAGCACGCCUGCUUUUUGCACUCACCAAGUACCUGAAGGAAUACUGCGAGCGCUUCGGCCACUGCCUGCAGAGGAGCGAGGCAGAGCACAUUGUGACCACCAUCAUCAAGUUUGAACAGCUUUUGGACUUUUACAUGCACCAACCUGCCAAACAAGUCAAACAGAAGCUCAAGAACAUUACCAACACAAAGAUUGAAUGGGUCAGCUUGCUUGCAGCUGUAUUGGGGAAGCGCCUCAAUGUCACUGCAGAGACCGAAAUUGUGGUUCGGUCCCCUCACUAUUUCGCAGGCUUGAAAGAGGUGCUAGAGAAAAGCAGCGAGUCGAUAGUCACCCUCUACAUAGGCUACACCAUCUUCUCCUGGUUCACACCACUCGUUGUCAGCAUGGAGACUGCAGGAAGUGCUGUGUCGUCCCUGAGCUUUGCCCAGAUGCGCCGCUGGGUCGAGUUCCAGUGCAUCAUGCUUUCUGAAAACAUCUUUGGAUUUGCCUAUCUUCACGCCUUCUCGUCCCUGCCUUCUUUUGAAGAGCACCAAAAGACGAUUGUGAAUGCAACACAAGAUAUAAUUGAAGUGCUGCUACACUACACGAAGCUAACGCCAUGGUUCAAAAGGGAGGAUGGUGCUCUGGUGCAUCAGAGGUUACAGUCCAUGGAGAUCAAUGCACUUGUCCCAGACGUUGCCAAGAUACGUCGGUUUGUUCAGGAAUACUAUAACAAUAUACCAGAUUAUGACAAGGAGAUUGGUUUCCUUUCAAACCUAUAUCACAUGCAGAAAUUCAUGACCCAGAGGUUCUGGGAUCGCAGCAUCGACUCCAAUGCUGAAGCCUACAAGUGGCCAAUAUCUUCGCUAAGGAAACGGUGCGCUCUUGACAUGCGGGACAACAGAUUAUAUAUUCCUGCUAUCCACAUACUCCUCAUUCAAGAAUCCACUAAGAAAAUGGAGUUUCCUCAGGUUCCAGUCCUGGCUUAUUACAUCUUAAAUGCACUGCUGCCCAUGUUUUUUCAGGAUGGCUCGGUAUUUGACGAGACGGGGUCUUACAACGAGUGGUGGACGAUCGAGAAUGAAGAAAGCUUCUUCCGAGCUGAGAGGUGUCUCCUGCAGCAGUACUCAAAGUCGGUGAACUCUGACCUGCAGCAGGACGAGAUGAGAAGCCUAGCAGCACAAAUCAUGAGCCAGAACUUUCUAGUCAGCCCAUCUUAUGAAGCCUAUAAACGAAGUCUGAAGAAAUCCGGCUUCAACCUGUCCAAUUUUAGCUUGUACGAGAGUUAUCCGGCGGACGUCAAGCAGGUGUUUUACCUGGCACAUAUGACGGCGGUGUGCGACGAGACAGAAACUGCCCAGAACUCCCACCUUUACCAGAUGUUCAACGAGGACCUUUCCGACCUUUACAGGGUCAACAUACCAUUCUACAAUUUCCCAGAGUAUGAAAAGGCAGUGGCCAGCUGCAGAGAACCAGAGGCUUCUGUGCUGGCCAAGAUUCAGUACUGCUGGAUCUGGAACCCUUACUGA